CUCUCUCUCUCUCUCUCUCUCUCUCUCUCUCCUGGCAAAAAGUACUUACAAUACAAAUAUACUCGACAGAGAAGAGGAGGAUGAGAUGGAAGUAGCUUCAUGAGAUAGAUAAUACAUAUUCAUAUACUCUGUCUCCUGUGAGGUAAUACCAUCUUCGUGCCUGAUGCUCAUGUAGAAGACUCAAUUACAGACUGAGCAAGCAGAUCUCUCAAGAACCCUCUUGUUUGGCCCGAAAUGGGAACCUUGGCACUUGAAACUGACAAUAUAGGCUCUGAUAUAUGCUGUGCUUUGGGCCUUAAAGAGUCAAGCAAGGAGCCCCAAGUUCUUUCACUUCUUUCUUCACUUCUUGAGAGGUCUGUUCAGAGAAAUGAAAUGCUAUUGGAGACAAGACAAAUUAAAGAUGUGGUCACCGUAUUUCAUGGUUCAAGAGCACCUUCUCUGGGCAUUCGGCAAUACAUCAAUCGCAUCUUUAAGUAUUCCUGCUGCAGCCCAUCCUGCUUUGUCGUGGCACAGAUUUAUGUGGACAGAUUUAUUCAGCGCUCAAGUGUUCAUUUAACUUCUCUCAAUGUUCAUCGGCUUCUAAUUACAAGCGUAACGCUAGCUGCAAAAUUUAUAGAUGAUGCAUUCUUCAAUAAUGCAUACUACGCCAAAGUGGGAGGAGUAAGUACCGCGGAGUUGAACAAAUUGGAGAUGAAGUUCCUUUUUGGUCUGGAUUUCCGACUUCAUGUGAGCGUUCAAAUGUUCGGGAAGUACUGUUUGCAAUUGGAACAGGAAGCUACAGGAGGGCUCCAAAUUGAACGCCCAAUCCGGGCCUGUAGAGUCAAAGGGAGCUGGUCAAACAAAGAUGAUUCAACUUGUGCUCCCACAAUUGCUAGAUGAGGAAUUAUCAUUAGAAAUUCACAGCCUGUGACAGACAUCAAGUCAGAAAAUGGGUGUUGAAUGGUAUGUUGUAGUUAUUCGGAGUGGGCAACCGAUAACAAAACCAUAUGAAAUACGCAUCUUUUCUGCCUUCGUUUUUCUUACCAGGUAGUGAAUAAGUUGCUCCAGUUUUUGCCAGUACCUCUGGUGAUUUUUUUCUCCUGAAUGCUUCCAUCCCUUCAGUUGGUUUUGGCUUGUUUGGUUUGGGUCUUUGUCCUUACUGUAUAUCAGAAUGAGCAUAUUAAAGUUUGCCAGAAAACAUUGGAAUUGAUUGAUGAAUUGAAACUGUUUAUUCUUGGUCUUGUUUCUCAGAAUUCUUGUCCAACUGGGAUUUAUUGUUCGAGGAUAAGGUUUG